AUAACUGUAUGCACUCACACACUGCACACAGUAAGGCAGUCGGGAACGACGGGAAGUAGUGAGAUGGCGGAUAUAAAAGAAGAUGUUAAAGCUCCAAACUCGGAAGCUCAACUCACGGUAGAAGAAGAUACAGAAAAGCAGAAUCCAAAACCCAAGCGCGUGGCGUCGCUCGAUAUCUUCAGAGGCCUCACCGUCGCGUUGAUGAUCUUGGUGGAUGACGCGGGCGGAGAGUGGCCUGUGAUAGGGCAUGCCCCAUGGAAUGGCUGCAAUCUUGCUGAUUUUGUUAUGCCCUUUUUCCUCUUCAUUGUGGGAAUGGCAGUUGCACUCGCGUUCAAGAGAAUACAAGGUAGGGCAGAAGCUAUCAGAAAAGUCAUUUUCAGAACUGUUAAACUUGUCUUUUGGGGCCUCCUUUUGCAAGGAGGUUAUUCACAUGCCCCCGACAAGCUAACUUAUGGGGUUGACAUGAAAAUGAUAAGGUGGUGUGGAAUCCUUCAGAGGAUAGCUCUUGCCUAUUUAGUGGUCGCUUUAGUAGAAAUCAUGACGAAACGUUGUGUUCUGAAAGGUCUAGUAUCACCUGGAAAGUUGUCUGUGUUUAAGCUAUAUAUUUGGCAUUGGGUUUUCGCAGCGUGUGUUCUGAUUGUUUAUCUGGCCGUGUUAUAUGGAAUAUCUGUUCCCGACUGGCAGUUCACUGUGCAAGAUACAGACAGUCCUGAUUUUGGGAAAGUUGUAACUGUAGGUUGCAAUGUGAGAGGGAAGUUGGAUCCUCCUUGUAACGCAGUAGGCUAUGUCGAUAGAAAGGUGCUUGGAAUCAAUCACAUGUAUCAGCAUCCAGCUUGGAAGAGAUCGGAAUCUUGCACAACGAGCUCCCCACACGAGGGGCCUUUCCGAAGUGAUGCUCCGUCCUGGUGCUGGGCGCCUUUUGAACCCGAAGGAAUUCUAAGCUCGAUCUCUGCUAUCCUCUCCACGAUCAUCGGGCUUCACUUCGGCCAUGUUCUCGUGCACAUAGAGGAUCAUCGGAGUAGACUUCGACAUUGGAUGAUCCCAGGACUCGGCCUUCUUGUUAUAGGAAUUACUCUCCACUUUGCAGAUGCAAUUCCUUUGAAUAAGCAACUAUACACCCUCAGCUAUGUUUGUGUCACAUCUGGAGCAGCAGCAUUGGUGUUUUCUGCAUUCUACAUGCUGGUCGAUAUAUGGAAUAUUAGUUACCUGUUUCUGCCAUUGGAGUGGAUUGGCAUGAACGCGAUGCUGGUAUACGUGAUGGCAGCGGAAGGUGUCUUCGCGGGCUUUAUCAACGGUUGGUAUUACGACGAUCCUCAUAAUACGUUGAUAAGGUGGAUUGAGAAGCACAUUUUCAUCAAUGUGUGGCAUUCAACAAGAGUUGGGAUUCUGCUCUAUGUUAUCUUUGGUGAGAUACUGUUUUGGGGCGCCGUUGCUGCUCUAUUGCACCGAUUCCACAUAUACUGGAAGCUUUAGCUGCUUAUCCAUCAACUCCAUUUAUCUUGCACUCAAUUUUCUUUUUCUUUUGGAUUUUUUUUCCUGUACAAUUGGUUUUUUUGUAUAUAUGUGAAUUAAACGCAACAUAAUGUUUAGAGACUCGUUAUUUUACCAUUAUAUACUCCCCUCCGUCCCAUAAAAACAUAGACAUAGUAUGGGAUGAUAUGGAUUUUAAGAAAAUCCUGUAAAGUGUAGUGCGAGUGGAGAAAGAGUCCCACAUUGAUUGUGAUGUUUAGUGGAAGAAUUAUU